GUGAGGAAAAAAGUUCAGCUCUGUGGUUCUGCACCCGAGCAGGUUCUGUUAUCUUUCACAGCUUUAUCCUCUUUUUUUGCUCUUUUUAAGUUUGUCGUUUAGUCGACCGUCCGUCCGUCCGUCCGUAUCAGACCUGCUCUAAUGUUUCGGUGUGACGUAUUUUCCCCUCGCUACGGCGCACACUUCCGUGAUGUUCUGGGUUUUGUCUCCUGACUCUAUCUACAGAGCCGUUUUUGUUCGGUGUCGUUCAGCUACGUCCUGGUUUUCACCUGAUACGAAGAUGAAACGUGUUCGCUUUCUGAUCGGGUGACUGUUGCUAAGCAACAAGCCGUAACAUUGUACCAGCGCAUCGUUUCACACCGUACAGUCCUGUAAAUGAACAUCCCAGAACAUCUCAGAACAUCCAGCAGCUCCAGAACAUCCCAGAACAUCCAACAGCUCCAGAACAUCCAGCAGAUCAAGAACAUCCCAGAACAUCCAGCAGCUCCAGAACAUCCAGCAGCUCCAGAACAUCCCAGAACAUCCAACAGCUCCAGAACAUCCAGCAGAUCAAGAACAUCCAGCAGCUCCAGAACAUCCAGCAGCUCCAGAACAUCCCAGAACAUCCAGCAGCUCCAGAACAUCCAGCAAAUCCAGAACAUCCAGCAGAUCCAGAACAUCCAGCAGAUCCAGCAGAUCCAGAACAUCCAGCAGAUCCAGAACAUCCAGCAGCUCCAGAACAUCCCAGAACAUCCAGCAGCUCCAGAACAUCCAGCAGACCCACGUCACACCUACACAUGUGAUGGUCUUCGUCUUUGUACUUCUACAUAUCAGCAAAAACCCCGAAGCUUUUUGGAUCUUCAGAAACUUUUCAUUAUUAAGAGUCUAACAACAUAUUUAUUAUCAUUAUUAUUUUACAGCAUUAAUAUCUUGAUAUUUUUUAUGUAUUUUUAUGGAAGUUUAUAUGCUUUUAAUUCAGCGUCUGAAUACCUUUACGUGGUAUCUGUAAAUAAUUCAGACUUUUCGGAUCGAGUGAAUAAAUAUCUCUAAAAGGU